UUGGUCGCUCCGGUUGAGCGUCCCUCGGUGCGGUGUGGUCAGAAAAUGUGGAAACGCGCCCGGGAACGGUUCGAGUUUCGGGUUCUGGUGCAGUGCGUGCAGUAGCUGCUAAAGGGGUUUAGCAAACCGGGUCAAACGAAAGACUUCAAUCGGGAAGGAGGCAACGAAAAGCCAAACCGCAUCUGCAGUGAUACUUUUCUCCACCGUAACGGAAGUGAUCGGGAACGGGUGUAGGGCGCGACGAACCGCGUAAAAACGAGUGGAAAAUUGGACGAAACGGAAAGCGCCCUCACCAUCGUUGCACCGGCCGGAUUUGAUCCGUAACGGACGAUCGCAGCCUUCGAGAUGGGCUUCAGUUGCACGCUGUGUGGGCUUGGCCCACGGAUGACGGUGUUCGUCAUCGGCACCAUCACGCUGGUAUUCUCCUUGCUAAUGGUCGGUUUAGCGACAACUGCAAUACUGGCGUACAAUUGUGAGAUCGACAUGACGCAGUCGAAAGAAACCUACGGUUUAUAUUUGUUCUACUUCCGCUCUAACUAUUGUGGUCCCGUCGACCUGCGGAACUUGGGUAUAUCGGCCAACGUUACCAUUCCCAUGCCGGACGUAACCGAGGCUGUCGAGCGGACGUUCGUAUUUGCCGUGGUUGCGGCAGCCCUUCAUGGUGCUCUUGCCGUUACAACUGUGCUGCUGUUUGGAACGAUGUGUGUCUCUUGCUUGGGACGAGGAUGCGUGGCCGUCGGGUUUUAUCCCUGGAUACUAGCAAUGUUCCUCGUGCUGGCUCUCGAUGUUACAGGAUUUGUGGUAUACCUGAUCGACUUCAUCAAAGUUAUGGAUGUUGAAGGUGUCCUGGAGCUGCUCGAGAUUGAUGAAAACCGUCUGAUAUGCGAAAUAUUCGAGGAGAUAGAUAGCAUUUACCUAGUAGCGCCGUCCCUGUUCAUGUGGCUUGCUUUUAGCAAGGGUGUCGUCUUUUGGUUCAUGUUUCUGCUCUUCCUGGCCGUCAUCACCAGUCUCUCCAUGAAGCUGUGGAAGGAAAAUAAACCGGCACCACCUUAUAACCGCGAAGCGAUGCAACCACGUCAGGUGAUGCAUCCCACAAGCCCACCAUCGGACAUGGACUCAUCUUCCACGCGGUACUUCGAUCAAGCCCCACAGCAGCAUAUGCCUGUAAGCCAUCAGCAGGCGAUCGAACAAGUGCCACGUAUUUACCCGCCAAUGCCGCCACCAAACCAACUGCAGUUGCCCCAUUCGGACCCGAACGUGAGGCGUACCGUGGAGCCCUUGAAGGAUGCACAUGAUAACGGUGGUUUUCGGGACGAUAACCUACCGUACAUGCAGGCUCCGGGACAGGAUGCGUCCGUUCCGGCACCUUUGCACAUGAAGCAAACUGUUGAUCCUUUAACCGACAAACGGUUCUCGUACCUGCCAGGACAACCAGCUCCAUUCUCGUACUUAUCAGGAGCCUUGCCGGGUAAUAGUCCACGUAGUUCGGUGAUGGCUCCUCCGGAAGUACGCAACCAGCUGCCAUGGUCGUACUUCCCUGCGGCAGACGAGAAGAAGGCCGGUGGCAAGAGGGUAACGUCGACGUUGACGGAAGAAAAGGAGUUUGCCGGUGAUGAGAAGCAAGUUCCCACUGUUAAGGUGACUGCGUAUCCCGACGACCGGUCUAGCGUGACUACGGACGAAGGAAAGUGGAGCGGACCUGAGUACAAAUACUAGUCAAAAUGUAGCAUCCGUUUAAAGGGGUGGAAAGAGUUUUCCAGCGUUACGCCAAUUACUAUGAUGCAUACAGAGGCUACAGUGGACUAGUGGUGGUUGUUUGGCUGCUGUUUUGUAAAUAAUGCUGCAAUGUCGCUAAACCCUUACGACACAGUACUUCAGGCUGGGAUGUAAUCCUGGCAGAGGUACAUGAUGCUACUGUUGCAGAAAGAGAACUUAAUUUUACUAGCGCGAUGCGAUGAAAAACGAGACUUAAAGGCCUCACAAUCCUUAAAAUGGUAGAAUCUUACAUAACUAAACAAUAUACGUACGAGUAAACCGAAAAUUUGACUAAUGAAAUCGAAAGUCGUAUUUACGAACAAAAAAACUACUUCGCAUGCAUGUUCGAUCUAGGAAACGAGAAUUUUAAUCUUAAAUAUACGGGUUAU